CCACUCCUUCCACAAAAAUGGCUACCUUAGACAACCAACAGACCUGGCUUCUCCCAGAAAACAGCACUGACUGCUCCCUGGGCCUCUGCACCAUCUCGUGCCCUCAAUGGUGCUACGAUCUCUUCACUCCCCCUCCCCCCUUUUCCCUCUCCACCAACUUCAAAGACCGCACAACCGCCUUCUCCCCUCUCUUCAUCGCCAUCAUCGGCAUCCUCGCUACUGUCCUCCUCCUCUUCACCUACUACACACUUGUCACCAAGCUCUGCGGUUCCUUAUGGUUCCAGACAAAUAACUCCCACCACCACCCCAACCCUAACGGCAACCAUGAAGAAGAAGAAGAAGAAGAAACCGACGGAGAGUACUAUCACCACGAAAGCUGGCAUCUUUCUUCUUCAAACGGGCUCGAUGAGGCGUUCAUCAGAAAGAUCACAGUUUGCAGGUACAGGAAAGCGGAAGGGCUCGUGGAGGGCACGGAAUGCUCUGUUUGUCUGUCAGAGUUCAUAGAAGAUGAAAGCCUUCGUCUUCUUCCUAAAUGCUGCCAUGCCUUUCAUCUUCAGUGCAUUGAUACAUGGCUAAAGUCUCACUCCAACUGCCCGCUCUGCCGAGUUAAUAUUCAGCCGCAGAGUCAAGUUUCAGAGGAGGAUUUCAGGGGAGAGAACAGAGCGGCUUCGGAUGCAGAACAUGAACUUGAUGCGGUUGUUAUUGAUAUAGAAGAUUUAGAUAUGGGGAACGAAGGGAGUAUGGUGAAGGAAUUUGAAGUGAUAGAGAUGGAAAAGGAUCGCCAUGGGGUUGUGCUCGGUGGGUCGGCGAGGUGCGGCAAAGGAGAACGUGGGAAGGGGAGAGGAGGAAGAAGCAGAGGUUUGCAUUGUGUUAUGAGCCCAAUUCGCAUGAAGAGAUCUCGAAGUUGGUUGGCGAGGCAGGGAAGGGGAAGGGGAAGGGGAAGGGGAAGGGGGAGGGGAUUGUUUCUUCCAGGUUGGGGAAUGGGUGCCAAAAUUUGUUAGGUUUAAUCACAUGUUUAUCUUCUGCUCGUAUAGAAGAAAUACU